GUCCGACUUUCCUUUUGCUCUGUCCACAGCGAAACGAUGCUCCCAGCCAUUGCCCAACUCAACACACGUAAUGUCAUCCUUGCUUCAGGUUCACCCCGACGAAAGGAAAUACUCGAGCGACUGGGCGUAAAAUUCAACAUCAACCCCUCGACAUUCCCAGAAGACUUGAACAAGACCAUAUUCUCAAAUCCAAACAACUACGUCACUCGCACCGCCCUCGAAAAAGGCCUCCAAGUCUACCAAUCCCUCACAAAUACAAACCCACUGGUCAUUAGCGCAGACACUAUUAUCGUCCUCGAUGACCAGAUAUUAGAAAAACCGGUGGAUGCUGCCCAUGCAAAGAGGAUUCUGUCUAGUUUAUCGGGACGGGUACAUGAGGUCUUGACGGCCAUUGUCGUCGUGUUUGGUGUAUCAGCGUCUGGUCAGCCAUUGUAUAAAACGGCUGUAGAGAGGACUUUAGUCGAGUUUGGAGUGAUUGGGGAUGCGGUUAUUGAUGCGUAUGUGGAGACGGGGGAACCCAUGGAUAAGGUGCACUCAUAGCGGGUUCGUUAUGCAUCCUCCUUGAUGCUCAUCAAAGUAUAAAUAUUCAUACAGGCUGGUGCAUACGGAUAUCAGGGCCUAGCGUCUGCCUUCAUUCCGCGGAUCAACGGAUGUUACUAUAAUGUCGUGGGAUUCCCAUGCCACAGAUUCCUCUCUACAAUAGACGACCUCAUAGCCAACGGACAUAUCUGAAGAUAAUCAAUCUUAACAUGGUGCACCGUAACGUGUAGAAUUUAGUCACAUUCUUUUUGAAAUCUGUGUAUCAAAACACCUGUCAUUCUCAACUAGUCCGUACUUGCCCUCCACAUAAAAUGGCUACAGAAUCUCUUCAAAAAAAAAAAAAAAACCUAUAUAUUGGCGCCUAAA